AUGCUUGCAGUAUUCUUAAGCAACUCAAAACAAUGUACGAUGAAGGGCAGCUAACAGACAUUGUAGUGGAAGUGGAUCACGGGAAAACAUUUUCCUGUCAUAGAAACGUUCUUGCUGCAAUCAGCCCUUACUUCAGGGGUGCCACACCCAUGACAUAUGGAAGUUCCUGGACCAGGGACUGAACCCACAUCACAGCAGUGACCUGAGCCACUGCAGUGGCAAUGCAGGAUCCUUAACCAGCUGUGCUACAAGAGAACUCCCUUAAUAGUUUCUAAGUCUUGCAUCACUGGUGGAAGAAUAGAAUAGCUUGAAAUCUGGCAUGUCUGUUUCCUGAUCCCAGUGACCUGCCAGAAGUAAAAUUUGUGUGAUUAUUAGAAAGUUUUUGUUACUUAGGAUUUUGUGUGAGGAAGUGACCCCCAUUUCAUACAGAGUUUAUGUAAAGAAUCUAUUAGAACAGAGGAGAACUCACUUGUCACACUGCUCCUGUGUGUGAGAACAGUGUAUUCAGCUUGGUAGUAGCUCCCAUGAUGAAAGGAUAUGUGGUGAUGUUUUCCUUUGGGAGUUAAUCUUUGCCUAAUGAAGGACUUUAUUUUUCUUUUUAAUUGGAUAGCUGAGUUUUUCAGCACCUGGAUUGAAAACCAGCUCCAUACAUUGGAGCAUCUAGUUUUUAGUCAUUAAAAAUAGCCUGUAUGAUAUCAAACUUAAAAUUUACAUAGCAGUAGUAAAAAUAGGACAAGAGAUGGUUAACCCAGGCCACAAGCUGGCUCCUGGUACCCUUAUAUACAUGCAAUAUUCCAUAUUGCAUUUUUAAAUUAAUUUCACAUUUUUGAUAAACACUUCAAAAGUUACUGGAAAUCUUCUAAUUUAGGGAAAUUUUCUUGUAAGAUUGCACUUAAAAAUAAAAUAGGAGGGGUGUGAAGCUGAAUAAUCAAAUUUGUUACCAGUGUUAGGUCAGUUUCUUUAAUAGACAUCUAUUAAGCAUCCUAGGGCACACAGUCCUUUUCUAAAGAAGGUUUUAUUUUAUUUUAUUAUUUUUUAUUUUAGGGUCACACCUGUGGCAUUUGGUCCUUUCCAGGCUAGAGUUGAAUUGGAGCUGCACCUGCCCGCCUAAACCUCAGCUACAGCCACAUGGGAUCUGAGCCUUCUCUGCAAACUACACCACAGCUCACGGCAACACCAGAUCCUUAACCCACUGAGCAAGGCCAAGGAUCAGACCUGCAUGCUUAUGGAUACUAGACAAGUUUGUUACUGCUGAGCCACAGCAGGAACUCCUCAAGAGGAUUUUAAAAGAGCUUUUGAUUUUAUUUUUAUGUUUAAGAAUAGCCUAGCAGAAAGAAACUUUAGAGGAGAGAAAAGAAAGGCAAAUGGUGAUUAUAAACAAUUAGCACUUAAAUAUAGAGCCAGGCUUUUGGCUACUUAAUGUUUUGGCCAAGAAAGUACCAUAAGUGCACAGAUAUUUUAAUUCUAAAAAAAAAAAAAAGCUUGGUUUCAAAAUAAUAGUUUGGAAUUUUAAUAACCAUUAUUUCCAAAGAAUCAGUUAAUUCUUAAAAUCUCUUUAUAAAUAGACAUUAUAUUAAUCCUACCAUAAUCUUUACUUAUCUGCAAAUAUAGAUAGGUAAAAAUGUGGUAAACUUGAGAAAAGUAUAUUUCUUGGUUUUCUCAAAUUUAGCAAACGUUUUCAAAAUGUCCAAAGAUAAGUGAAUUGAUGUUCUUAUAUUCCUUAAAAUGAUUAAGGAAACAUUCAAAGAUUAAUUAUUUUAAAAAGGAGUAGGUAGAAAAUAUGAACUUCUGAAGAAUAUCUUAUUUUUCUAAGAUGAAAUUUUUAAAGAUAUGUUUGGGGUACAAGUUUCCUGUAAAUUCCCACUGGGUCAUGAAAAAUUUUAUUGGACAGUCUCUAUAUGCCAGUGUGUCACGAUGACACCUUUUGGGCAUUCUUAAACUUUCUUUUUUUUUUUUUUGUCUUUGAUCAGAGCCAUAGCCGCCAGCCUAUGCCACAACCAUAGCAAUAUGGGAUCUGAGCUGCGUCUGUGACCUACACCACAGCUCACAGCAAUGCCAGAUCCUUAAUCCAAUGAGUGAGGCCAGAGAUUGAAUUUUAGUCCUCAUGGUUGCUAAUUGGGUUCCUUAACUGCUGAGCCACGACAGAAACUCCUGGGCAUUGUUAAACUUUCUAACUGACCUGGUGAUUGAAGAUCUCAGGUCCUUAAGGGCAGCUUGACCAGAAGCCACGAUAGUGCUCCAAGGAAAACAAGACAUUCUGAAAUAGUGCAUGCCACCUUUUGAUGUGCUUUACUUACUUAUAUUCUCCUUUUCUCAGAGUUGGCACAAAGUACACUGACUGGUCUUGAGGAUAGGUUUUUGACAUUAACCAGACUAAAUCCUUCUUCUGGAUGAUCAACUUUUAUCCCCUUUCUUUCAGCAUAUCAGGAAACACAUUAGGAAAUACUUUUCAGUUUCAAAAGGUUAUCUUUGUGAUAACUUUUAUACUUUUGAAAAUUUGCCAUAGGUGUUCCAGUUGUGGUGCAGUGGAUUAAAAAUUCAGCUGCAGCAGCUCGGGUUGCUGUGGAGGUGUGAUCUCUAGUCUUGUGCAGUGGGUUAAAGGAUCCAGCACUGCUGCAACUGCAGUAAAGUUAGCAGCAGAGGCUCAGAUUCAACCCCUGGCCUGGGAACUUCCAUAUGCCACUGGUGUGGCCAUUAAAAAGCAAACUAAAAAAAUGCCACAGUAAAAUUAUUUUUUAAUUUACAAAUGUUUAUUUAUUUAUUUUUGGCUGCUUCCAUGGCAGGUGGAGGUUCCUUUGCCAGGGAUUGAACCCAAACCACAGCAGUAACUUGAGCCACAUCAGUGAUAACACUGGAAUGUUAACUGCUAGGCUGCCAGGGAACUCCAAUACUUUUUAUUUGUAGCACACAUAAAUUAACCACUCUUUCCUUCCUAGAUCCAUGUUCACUAGCGGCCUUACAGAAAGCACUCAAAAAGAAGUUAGAAUAGUUGGUGUUGAAGCUGAAUCGAUGGAUUUAGUGUUGAACUAUGCCUAUACUUCCAGAAUUGUUCUGACGGAGGCCAAUGUUCAAGCCUUGUUUACUGCAGCUAGCAUCUUCCAGAUUCCCUCCAUCCAAGACCAGUGUGCUAAGUACAUGAUCAGUCAUUUGGACCCACAGAAUUCUAUUGGGGUCUUCAUCUUUGCUGAUCAUUAUGGUCAUCAGGAACUUGGAGAUCGCUCUAAAGAAUACAUUCGUAAAAAAUUCCUGUGUGUCACCAAAGAACAAGAGUUUCUCCAGUUGACUAAAGACCAACUGAUAAGUAUCCUAAACAGUGAUGAUUUAAACGUAGACCGAGAAGAGCAUGUUUAUGAAAGCAUCAUAAGGUGGUUUGAACAUGAACAGAGUGAAAGAGAAGUGCACCUUCCAGAAAUUUUUGCCAAAUGCAUACGUUUUCCUCUGAUGGAAGACACCUUUGUAGAGAAAAUUCCACCUCAGUUUGCACAGGCUAUAGCCAAAAGCUCUGGGGAAAAGGGACCAUUGAGUACUAAUGGCUGCACGCAGAGACUUGGAAUGACUGCAUCAGAAAUGAUCAUAUGUUUUGAUGCUGCCCACAAACACUCAGGAAAGAAGCAAACAGUGCCUUGUCUAGAUAUAUUCACAGGAAAAGUGUUCAAACUAUGCAAACCACCGAAUGACCUAAGAGAGGUUGGGAUUCUGGUUUCACCGGACAAUGAUAUUUACAUCGCAGGAGGGUACAGGCCAAGCAGCAGUGAGGUAUCCAUUGAUCAUAAGGCAGAAAAUGAUUUCUGGAUGUAUGACCAUUCCACCAAUAGGUGGCUAGCCAAACCAUCCUUGCUUCGAGCCAGAAUAGGCUGCAAACUGGUGUACUGCUGUGGGAAGAUGUAUGCAAUCGGAGGGCGUGUUUAUGAAGGUGAUGGGAGAAACUCACUGAAAUCUGUGGAGUGCUAUGACAGCAGAGAGAAUUGUUGGACUACAGUUUGUGCCAUGCCUGUUGCAAUGGAGUUUCACAAUGCUGUGGAGUACAAAGAGAAGAUCUAUGUUUUACAGGGAGAAUUUUUCCUCUUCUAUGAGCCUCAGAAAGACUACUGGGGUUUCUUAACCCCCAUGACUGUGCCUCGAAUCCAGGGCUUAGCAGCUGUAUACAAGAACUCUAUCUACUACAUAGCUGGAACCUGUGGAAAUCAUCAGCGUAUGUUUACUGUAGAAGCCUAUGAUAUUGAACUCAAUAAAUGGACUCGUAAGAAGGACUUUCCAUGUGAUGAGUCCAUAAAUCCAUACCUUAAACUGGUACUUUUCCAGAAUAAACUACAUUUAUUUGUUCGAGCUACUCAAGUGACCGUUGAAGAACAUGUCUUCAGAACCAGCAGAAAAAAUUCCCUUUAUCAAUAUGAUGACAUCACUGACCAAUGGAUGAAAGUAUAUGAAACCCCAGAUCGACUCUGGGACCUUGGCCGGCAUUUUGAAUGUGCUGUUGCUAAACUCUAUCCUCAGUGUCUUCAGAAAGUACUUUAACGAAGGGCAGGCCUUAGUGAGCUCACCGGCAUCUCGUACUUAAGGAAACUUAGUCUUUCAAAGAUACAAGAAGUGGUGUCAGUAUUUAAGAAAGCUGAGAGAGUUUAUGCGUGGAGAUGGGUGCUCUUAAAGAUGAGGGUAGGGAGGCAUUUCUUUCCAUCUUUGUGAUGUUUUCAUUUCAGUAAGAAAAAGGUAACAAAGUGCAAUUAUCAGCAUUUUUUUUUUUCUGGUAUAAAAGUAAUCAUAUCAUUCUAGAAUUUUUGUGAUACCAGAUGACUCGACAACUAUGCACUCUUUGAAAAGUGGUUAGGGUAUUAUGGGUUAGAGACAGCUAAAAUAGUUUGAUGUGACUUUUUAUUUUGAAUACGGGUAAAAAUCUGAGGCAAUAUCACUAGGACUUGAGCUGUGACCUCUCCAACACAGAGACGCACUAACUUAGACCCUCAUUCUGAAUAUAUGUAUAUUUGUGUACUGUUUUCCAUUGUACUGAGAUUUAAAUGUGUCCUGUUACUAGAGUAGAUUGAAGGAAAAACAAAUCAGUCUAAGAGCUUUUAGUUUGAUUGUUUUAGAGUCCCCAUGUUACUAUAAGUUAAGCUAAAGUUUUAAAAUAGCAGUUUUCUGUUGAUAAUUUUUUCAAGUGCUAACACUGUCUCUGUUUUUUUUUUUUUUUAAAAUCCUAGAAAGGGCCCAAAAUCACAGGUGGCUGGUGCUUGUAUAAGUUAAUUCAUGUGUAUAGCUAGAUAGAUUUUAAUCAUCUGAGCCUAUGCUUACCUUUCAAAUCGGUAUGUUAGUUUCAUGGCUGUAGUACUUUACAUGUUACUCUAGCAUGAUUUCACCAGAUUUUCUACCUACAUGAUGGCAAGAUAUGGCCAGUUAUUGGUCUAACUGGAUUCAGUCUUAGAAUAGUGAAAAGAACACUAUUCUCAUUUUGCACUAACGUGGGCCAUUUUAUCAUUUUACCCCCUUUUCCAUCCUCUACCUGUUCAUUCAUUAUCAGUGCAGUGAAAGGUAACUUAUUUCCCUCCUUCACAGAGCAUAAUGUGAAGUUUACACCUAAUUUUAAAAUUCUGCUUUCCAGAAACAUAAAAUUCCUGCAGUGGUCUCAUUUAAUGGCUUUUACGUUAUAUAUGACAAAACCUCACCUCAUUUUUUUUUUUAUUUUUGCACUUAACAGUUGUGAAUAAUUUUACAUUGAAAAACUUGUUUUAGCUGAAGGUGACUGAAAAGGAAAGGAGUGAAUAGAACCACAGCAUUAUAGGUACGCUAAAUUGUUUCUCAUGUUUAACUGCUGAGUUUCUAAUAGUCAGAAAUAUUGACAGGACAAAGCAACUCAUGUGUUAUCCCUCAGGCAGAUAUUUGGAUCAGUAAUUAGUUUUUACUCUGCCUGGAAAAAUUAAUAAAGGAUAUAAGUAUAGCCCAGAGUCCGUCCUCAACUGGAAUAUUUUGAUUCUCUGAAAGAAAACUAACUGGCAUGGUUUGUACUAAAAACUCUUGCACAAAUCAUAAUGUGAUAACUGUGAAACAAAUUUAAAACAUUGCUUCUUUGCAUUACAUACCUCGUUUUUCAGAAACUUUCCAAACUGCUUGUCACAGCCCUCUACAAGUAGGGAACGUUUCCUGAAGCUGAAUUUCAAGUGGACAAUGUCUAGAGAAUUGACAUUUUAAAAUCUAGUCUUGGGAAACUAGAUGAGUGUGGUCUUAUGGCCUUGGUAGUAUGUCUAUAACCUCUUUAUUGACUUUGUCAACUAAUCAUCUGUUUUUUCUCCCCAGUUUUUCUUUAUCUUCAUGCUCUUUGGGGGCUAUUUCUGUGAGUGUUUUGAAGCAUCUUUACUGUGUUGCAUUGCAAAGGGGAGGAAAAAACAACUCACUGACUUUUCCAAGAGAUGUUCAUGUGAUUUAUUUUUGAGAGCUUUGUGGACUAUCUAAGAUUUCCUGCCACUUUUAGACAAUCUCCCGUAUUUAUUUAGAAGGAUGUGUUACUUGAAAACAUGACAUUAGAACAUUGAGUUAGCAAUUUCCAUGUGCUGUUUGAUGUAUAGGAAAACAAAGUACUGUGGUUAGUUCUGCAGUCAGUUUACUCUGUUGAUCUGCACAACAGUUGGUCCUUUUGCUCUAACAAUUUAUAUUGAGGGUGUGAAAGUAUAGUGUGUCAAAGCCAAGGUUUAGAAUUUGCUGGGGAAGUAGAAUGUAUCUUGAAUUUUGUAUGAAGCACUAUUUGUUUAAAUUAUAUAGCUGGGAUAUUUCGCCACUUUUAAAGUGAUUUCAGAAGAGGUCCUAGAAAACUAAGAUUAAUGAUAUGUGUGGCUCUGUGUUUAGAUAUUUAAGGUACAUUUGCAUAGUAUGAGAAUAUAAGUAAAAGGCACAAUGGGUACUAUAGAAUUAAAAUAUAGGGUGACAUAUGCCAGCCCCACUUGACUUUGUUUUUGCAUUUGAAGAAAGUAUGUGGCACUUUCCUAUAUAUUUUUUAUGCAUUGAAAACUGGAUGUGGUAUAAUUAUGCUAAAGGAAAGUAGAAAUCGUAUUCUAUAUUUUCCAUCGUUGUUUUCUUGUUAUCCUACAAAGUUGAUGCCUAAACAUCAAGCUGAUUUCAUUGGUGCAUGAGGAUAAGUGGAUGUGAUUUGCGAGGAAUCAGAUUCCCUAUGUGAAGAAGCUUAAAACGGCAUUCAAUGUUCAGUGCUCAGGUAUGUAGUAAGUACUGUAGUCCUUUGGGGGCAAAUGUGUAGAUAUUUUUAAACAUUUUGCCAUAAUUGCACAAUUUUUUGCAUUUUUACCUGAUGGCAUUGUUUCUUAUAAUAAAACCUUUUCUGACUGAAAA